AACUGCUGCAAUGUCACGGCUUCUACGACUUCGCACUAAAAGGAGAGAGGACAGGAUAAGUGAUUUGCCGGACGCACUUCUGGAUCAUAUUCUCUCAUUCCUUCCGACCAAAGACGCCAUAGCCACAAGCAUCCUUUCAAAACGUUGGAAACCAAUCUGGCGCUCACAAGUCAUCAUCUACAUGGACGACGAACCCUUUCCAGACUCUUUCGCCUUUCACCAAUUCUUCAAUUCCUUCAUCACCCUGCGAGAUAACACCCUCCCCAUCCUCUCUUUCCACCUCAAAUCUCGCCACCGCUUCUUCGAUUUUGUUUAUCCUGCAAUUACAAGACACCUCGAAACCCUAAUCGUCGAUCUCUACCGCCCAAACAAAAUGCCUUAUAUAGUUCUACGCACGAAAACCUUGUCGGUUCUCAAAUUGAAGAGGACAAUAUUGAACCAAGAAUUUCCAUCGGUUGAUCUUCCAUCGCUCAAAUUCCUUCACUUGGAAAAUGUCACUUUCACACGCGUUGCAAAUUUCCAUAAACUUCUAUCUGGCUGUCCCAUUCUACAGGAGUUGGAAAUUAGUGAUUUAAGUGUACAGAUCCGUUCUAAGUUGCCUCCUUUAGUUAUUGCAAUAUCCAAUUUGGUAAGAGCCAACAUUUCUGGUGAUAGUAUGAUUGGCCUUGCAUGCCUUCAUAAUGUGGACCAUCUCCACGUACAACUGAACUGUUUGCCACCUAUUAUCGUGUUUUACAAUUUAACCCGCCUGGAGCUUAUAUUCAACUUUCACCAUGAACUAUCGGCAGUUUCCAAAUGGAGAUGGCUCACAAAACUGCUUCAAAAUACCCCCAACCUUCAAACUCUGAUCAUUCAUGAUCUCUUUAAGGUUGAUGAAGAAGUACUAGAAUGGGAGGACCCAGACAUUGUUCCCGAAUGCCUUUUAUCUCAUCUUACAACAUGCUCACUUAUUAAUUACACCCUCGUAAAGUCUGAACUUCGAUUUGCAAAAUAUAUAAUGCGGAAUUCAAGACUACUAAACACCAUCACAAUUCAGAGUGCCAAAUUCCUAGACACAAAUGCAAAGCUUCAAAUGUUAACAGAAUUAUCUUCUUGCCCAAGGAUUUCACCCACAUCUAAACUUUUUUUUAUCUAAAUGAUUUCAGCCACAACUAAACUUUAUUUAUUCAUUUAUUUGAAUGAUAUUUGAUAGAGCAUGUGUGCAAUAGCAAUCCUAAGCUUGUCACUCAAUCUUCUUGGAUGGUUUGUUUUUGUACAAUAAAUGCAUCCGUUUAGCUUUUAUGGGAUAUGUCAAAGACGUUGCCUAUGAGGUGAUAGGUAGAGAGAGUAAGUAAGUAGAAAGAUGUAUUUAUGCUCUAGUAUAACCUACGAAGUCCGGACUCGGACAUGGAACACGACACGGAUACGGACACGAGGACCUG